AUGGAAGUGCACCCCGCCGCGUUGUGUCCCUCUUCUUCUCUGCCCUCUCUCCACCACUCUCCCUCCCACUCCCCCGACAUGCCCCAUCUCCACCCGAGCUACUCUCUCUCGCGCGAUUGUAACCACCCGCCUGGCUCUGACCCGGACAGCCCACGAGCGCCGCCCAACGCCUCGCCCUCCUCGUCCCGCUCCCAGUCGCGCUACCCCAUGGGCACCUCCUCCGACUAUCCAGUGUCCGCGGGCUGGCCUCUCCACGCCAAUUCGCUCCCGACUCCCCAUCCGCACGCGUCUCGCCCGAUUCCUGCAUCUUCGCGGCACUCCCUCAGACCCACCUCCCCAGAUACGCCCCGCCGCGCGUCCACAGACCCCUACCUCUAUCACAGCGUCCAGCUCCCGUCCACCCAGCCCACCGCGUCCCCGACCCGUGCCCCCGCCUCCCACCAGCCGUACUCGGCCACCGCCGUCCCGCGCCUCCCCCCCAUCCUCCAGGUCGAGAAGCAGCAGGUCACCACCAGCGCCACCCAGGCCGCCAGCGCCAGCCGCCGCAGAAACGAGGCCCACUUUGUGUGUCCCGUCCCCGGCUGCGGCAGCACCUUCACCCGCCGCUUCAACCUCCGAGGCCAUCUCCGCUCCCACACCGCCGAGCGGCCCUUCCUCUGCGAGUGGCCCGGCUGCAACAAGGGCUUCGCCCGCCAGCACGACUGCAGGAGGCAUCAGGCACUCCACGCAUCGAGAUCCCAAGGACACCUGUGUCAAGGCUGUGGGAAGAACUUCAGCAGGCUAGACGCGCUCAACAGACAUUGGCGUUCCGACGGCGGCGCCGAGUGUCGACAGACGAGCGAAGCCGCCGCGAGCGCCGCACGCCUCUCCCCCGAAGACGAGUGGGAAAACAGGAGCAAUUCCACAGAGCGCAGUGGCCGCAGGACGCCCUGA